AAAUGCGAUUUGCGUGAAAAAAUGGCAAAAAAAUCAAAGAAUAUACGGUGAAAGUUUGAAAAAAAUCGUUAAUGUAGUUUCGGAGAUAUAGGUCUAAAAUGCCAAAAAAGUCGUAAUUUUAACAAAAAAUCCGGUUUUUCACCCGGAAGGAAACUUUUCCGGGUUUCGAAAAGUCGAUAUUUCGAUAGAUCUCGUCGAGUUACGUAGGAUAGAAUUUUUUUCCGAUUUUUUCGCCCCCAAAUAAAGCCGUAAAAAAACACGCCAAUCAGUCAGUGAAUGUCGGUUUCGGUUGUAUAGUUAUUGAGAAACUCGUAACGAUUAGUAGGCUCAACUAAACUCUAGCAUACUGGUGACGUAUUCCCCCCCACUUUUGCCAGCAAAGUGAGAUUUAUAAAUUACAUUUUAUAAAAUGUCUUCUAAGUGGACUAACUGGAGAGAACCUUCUAAAAACUUGCCCUCCUGUUCAACAGAAGAAGUAGAUGAAUUUGUUUCUACAAAAUUUAACAAACACCAGAAGAAAAUUAACGUUUUAUCGGACAGCGAAGAUGAAGAUGCUCAAGAAUAUAUCGAAGAUGAUGAUGAAGAUGUCGACGAUGCUGAUAGAGAAGGUAGUGAUGAAGAUAUCACAGGAGAAAAUUAUGAAAAUGACGAUAAUGAUGUAACGAAGAAACCAAGAGAAAAUAUUAGUAAUAAUUCUGCUGAAGAAAGUAAUGACGAGGUGUCGCUCCCAGACAGUUUUAUUCAAGACACUGAGGACAUUGACCUAACGGCGCCGCCCGAAGGAUUGACAGUCGAAUUGAAGGUGCACCAGAGGAGCGCGUUGUCUUGGUUGAUCUGGAGAGAAACUCAGAAACCUCCCGGUGGCAUCCUAGCUGAUGAUAUGGGUCUAGGGAAAACCUUAACGAUGAUCUCGUUGAUAUUAAAGAGCAGAGAACUCGAUCGAAACGAUAACGAUGGGAAAACUCGACGUUCUAGUAACAAAGACAAAGGCGGUACUCUUGUAGUGUGCCCGGCAAGUCUCCUAUAUCAAUGGUCCAAAGAGCUGGUUCAAAGGACCGAAGAUGGACUGUUAUCGUUCAAUUUACACCACGGCCCCAAAAGGGAAACUAAUGCCAAAACGCUCGCCGAAUACGACGUGGUUUUCACUACGUACAAGCUGGUGAGCGGCGAAUUUGAAAAGAAAGGACCUUUGUUUAAGGUGGAAUGGUCGAGGAUAAUCGUCGACGAGGCUCAUGAAAUUCGGAAUUACAAAUCCAAAACGAGCAAUGCCGUUUGCGAAUUGCAUUCGAAAUUUCGAUGGGCCGUGACGGGUACUCCUGUACACAACAAGGAAUCAGAUAUGUACGCGCUAUUGAAAUUCUUAAGAUAUAGCCCGUUCGAUGAUUUGACCGUUUGGAAGAGAUCGAUCGGCGACAAGUCGGAAGGAGGCUACGAACGAUUGCGUACGGAAAUUAUACCCUUCAUUAUGUUGCGAAGAACGAAAGAGGAAUUAUCGAAUAUGAGACUUUUGAACGUUCUACCAGAACGAACGUACGAAAUGAUUAAUGUUCCUCUAGUCGCUGAAGAACACGAAAUUUACAAUAAAAUUUUGAUCCACUCCAAAACGUUGUUUGCCCAAUUUCUCUCCCAGCAGGCCGAGAAACAUGAAGAGAAGCGAAUCGAUAUCAACUCAAAACCAAACGAGGUAGAUUUCAAAAAGAAACAAAGCUUGCUCCAAUUAAAGGAAAUCAAAAAACAUGAAAUCUUAGUUAGGCUUCUCAGAUUAAGACAGAUUUGCAACCAUCCUUCGUUGAUAAUUAAUAUGUUGAACAAAGAUAACGACGUUAAUGUAUUGGGAGACGAUAUCGAUGAAUUGGAGGCUGAAAUGGAGGGUUUUAAUAUACUAGACGAAUUACAAAAUUUGUCAUUAUCGGAUCAUCCGAAUGGAAACGAUUCGCGCGAAGAUAUCAAUCGAGGUGCGUCAUGUUCGAAAGAGGCCGCCAAUGCUUUAAUAAAACCAUCGCAUCCGAUAUUUCAAACGAAGCGAAUGAGUUCCAAAAUGCGGGUGUUAUUCAAACUUAUUGAAGAAAAACUUUUAAACAACGAUGAUAAAGCAGUGAUCGUGUCCCAAUGGCCGAGUUUCUUGCGUUUAAUAGCUCAUCAUUUGAAGGAACAAAAUAUACCGUUCUGUCAGUUAGAUGGAAAAGUUCCUGUAGCUAAACGACAGGAAAUCAUUGAUCAGAUUAACGACCCCAAUAGACCAACUAAGAUCCUGUUAUUGUCUUUAAAAGCUGGAGGCGUUGGUUUAAAUUUAAUGGGUGCAAAUCACUUGUUUAUUAUGGAACCUCAUUGGAACCCCCAAAUGGAAAUUCAGGCCGUUGCUAGAGUGUAUAGAUUAGGCCAAGAGAAGCCUGUAUUUAUUUAUAAACUCAUAGCUGCGGAAACCAUCGAAAAAGAAAUUUUAGAUAUACAGGAAAAAAAAAUUAAUAUUGCGGAUAGCAUGUUUACCACGGAUGAAACCAUGGAUGAAAAUGAGCUUACAUUGCAAGAUUUGGAACAAUUAUUCCAAAUGUGAUUUGAAUAUUCUACUAUUAUUUUACUACUUAUUUACUUAUUUACUUAUUUACUUAUUUACAACUUAUUUACUACUUAUUAUUUUAUAUACAGUGCAUUUCUUUAAUGUCCCCCCCCCCUUUUUUUAUUUUUUGAACGAAUCAACUUAGAAAAUUGAAAUUUGGGAUAAUGAAACUAAUGCAUGAUUACCAUAUACCUAUUAGUACUAUACUGCUAACUCCCUAUCUAUUCCAUGAGAGAAAAUCGUAGCGAUUAAAGAGAGAGAUCCGACCCUCCGUAGUGUGCUUAGUCGUUUAUACGCAAGCGCGUUAUUUUAAAAGGACCAAUAGCGAGUAGCUGAGACCUAAAACGAAAAAAAGGAAAAUAAUACUUGAAAUCGUGUUUAAAUUCGGUAACCCGCCAUAUUUAUACACGCAAGUCGAAGUCGAUUUUAAAAAUAUAUUAACAAAAUUAUCAAAUAAUGAAAUAAUUUUUGCAAUCACUUUCAAAUCAUUUUAAAAUUAUUAUCAAAAAAUUAAAAUAAUUCAAAAAAAUUGAAUUAGGUAUCUCCCUAAAAUUUUAUACUUGUUAAUUUAAAAAAAAUAAAUUCUUUGACUUAAAAUUUAUUAAAUUAAUUGUGUUUGACCUUAUUUUGCAAAAUUAAUAUUUUUCGAAAAAAUAUAACAAAUUUGAAAUAUUCGAUAAUUUUUUCAAUGAGUGUUUACAUAUUUUUAUUGUAUAUUGAAUUUUUACUAAAUUAAACCAAACGGAACUUACUUUCUGGACGUACCUAUAUUUAUAAUUUUCAAGAAAAUAAAACUCAGAUAAAAUAUUUACAUUUUAUUGGUUACAAAAUAAAAUUAAUUUAGUGUACUUAUUUUUAAUGUAUGUAUCUUUGACCGAUGCUAAUUUAGCUACGUGAUGUAGCCUAAUUUUGAGAAAAACAUCAAUAAUUGCUUUUAUUAAUUGUUGUACAUGGUUUUCCAGCGGAUCCUGCUCAAUUAUGUGUUCUUUCAUUUCUUUAUAAUUAAAAACUUUUUUAAAACUUAAACUAAAUAUUUUUGUGGCCAAGAUUAAAUUUAUAUUUUUUUUAUUAAAAUUUGUUGUCUGUCUAAUGACUCUCACCUAUUUUACAUAUAUAUGUGCAGUCUUCUGCGGGAUAAGAAAGUUUAUUAUUUUUGUUUUUUAUCCCUAUUAAAAUAAUUUUUUUGUCUGAAAACAAUUGUUCUUUACAAAAAUCACAAGUGAUACAUUUGCUUAGUUUAUUUGCGAUAUAUCCACUGAUGUAUCCAACAACGUCUUCUAUAUAAGAAUUUAAUUCCCACAUUGUGGUUAUAUAAUCGUGGUCGAAUACAUCGGCAGUUACAUUGUCUUCUAUUAUUGUAUUAUUACACAAUCGUUUUGAACUUACGUCUAGUAUAUCUAUUCCAUCCGCCAAACAAUUUGAAUUUGUAAAAAAAGUUUCAUUUUUGAUUAAUAGUCUUUUAAGCACUUUCAAAUUACACACAAUAAAAAUCACUUAAAUAGACGAUAUGCACAACGGUGAAAAAUAAAAAUGGCUUCCACUCUCCAAUUUCCACCUAAAUGAAAGCUAGCACGUUUCAUUUGCUCUGUCAAAAGUAGCCAAUCAAGAAAUCUUUCACUUGAGCAUGCGCAUAAAUAAGCAGGCACACCACAGUAUAAUGUUUGUUACGGGUUUUAGACCGUAGUAAGCGGUAUAGUACUAAUAGGUAUAUGAUGAUUACUAUAUUUUGGAGUAAAAUUGACAGAUGAAAAUUUCAAGAUGGCGACUGGGCGCUAUCUUGGGAAAUAAAUUUAAAUGGAAAGGGGGGUCUUGUGAUACAUCAUUUUGAAGCUCCUGACAAAUACUCUACAACCCUGGAAUAUAAAGUCAAUAUCUGCACCCAUUUCAAAAUGGCGGAACAUU